AGAAAGAUCACAAAAUUGAAAAACCGAAUUCAGAUUUGGGGACUGACACGUGGGAUGAAAAAGCGUCCGGUUUCAACCUCCACGAGUCCAAACCUCUCUUUACCCAACAGCAAAAAGAAAAAACCUAUAAUUAUCUUUCAUUUUUUCAAGCUCUUCAUAAUCACCACCUCAAACGUUUAUCCCAAUCUCCCUAUCCUUUUUCUUCUUUUGGUUGGUUUUCAUCUUCAAGAUUAUACGUAACUGUUUCCUCCAUCAAAUUACUCAUUUAGUUUUUGAAGCAUUUCAAUUCUGAAAUCAUAAACAGAGAUGGAGAAUUGUACCUUCACUGGGUUGUUGAAGAAGGCGGCUUCUGAAUUUCCUCGCUGCCGGGCUCUCUCCGUCUCCGGAAAGUUCGACUUGACCCAUGAGCGGUUGCAGGAGCUCAUUGAACAUGCUGCCGCUCGUUUGGUGGAUGCCGGAGUUAAAGCUGGUGAUGUGGUGGCCCUCACCUUCCCCAAUACUGUUGAGUAUGUGAUUAUGUUUUUGGCUGUAAUCCGAUGCCGAGCCACCGCUGCACCAUUAAAUUCGGCUUACACGGCGGAGGAAUUCGAGUUUUACUUAUCGGACUCGGAGUCGAAGCUGCUUCUCACAUCGAAAGAAGGAAUUUCAUCGGCACAAACGGCUGCUACAAAGCUUAAUAUUCCUCAAGUGAAAGCGAACCUGUCCAGUGGCGAUGAGUUUAUUGAACUCUUUCCGUCCCCAAUUGAGACGGGCUCAAAUGUUGUGGAGAUCGUUAACGAUCCUUCCGACGCCGCUCUCUUCCUCCACACCUCCGGCACCACCAGCCGCCCCAAGGGCGUGCCGCUGACUCAACAAAACCUCGGCGCCUCUGUUCAGAAUAUUAAGUCGGUGUACAAGCUUUCGGAGUCCGAUUCAACAGUACUCGUUCUUCCGUUGUUCCACGUUCACGGAUUAAUGGCGGGAUUACUAUCAUCGCUAAUCGCCGGAGCUGCCGUGACUCUUCCAGCUGCAGGGCGAUUCUCGGCUUCAACGUUUUGGUCCGAUAUGAUCGCCUACAACGCGACGUGGUACACGGCGGUCCCUACGAUUCAUCAAAUCAUACUGGAGCGCCAUCUCAGCAAGCCAGAGCCGUCGUAUCCGAAGCUCCGGUUUAUUCGCAGCUGUAGCGCGUCGUUAGCACCUUCGAUUUUGGAACGAUUGGAACAAUCAUUCGGAGCUCCGGUUCUCGAGUCUUACGCAAUGACUGAAGCGUCGCAUUUAAUGGCGUCCAAUCCGUUGCCGGAGGACGGCGUACACAAGGCCGGAUCGGUAGGAAAGCCGAUCGGUCAAGAAAUGGCUAUUCUGGACGAGAACGGCGCGAUCCAAUCGGAAGGUGUUAAAGGAGAAGUGUGUAUUCGGGGACCAAAUGUGACGAAGGGAUAUAAGAACAAUCCAGACGCUAACAACUCCGCAUUCAUGUUCGGAUGGUUCCACACCGGCGAUAUCGGUUUCUUCGACUCCGACGGGUACUUGCAUCUGGUCGGCCGAAUCAAGGAACUCAUUAACCGAGGAGGUGAAAAAAUCUCUCCGAUUGAAGUAGACGCCGUGCUUCUAUCUCACACCGACGUUUCUCAGGCCGUCGCCUUCGGAGUCCCCGACAACAAGUACGGCGAAGAGAUCAAUUGCGCCAUAAUUCCAAGGGAGGGAAGUUCGAUCAACGAAGCGGAUGUGCUGCAAUUUUGCAAGAAAAACCUUGCCUCCUUCAAGGUUCCGAAGAAAGUGUUCAUCACAGAUUAUUUGCCAAAAACUGCUUCCGGAAAGAUCCAACGCCGAUUCGUGGCGGAGCAUUUUCUUGCCGCUAAAGCUUGAUCCGAUUGAAUUCGAAUUCCCAUUUUUCACGGAUUGGGAAUCUUCUUCUUUUUCUUUUUUGGGAAAGCUUAGUGAGGUUGUUAGCUUAUUGGCCUAAUCAUGUGAAGAAAUGAACGAAGUAACGAUGAUAUUGAUGCCGAUGGGUUCCUAUCGUGGGAACUGCCAACCAUAUUUUACACAUAUUUUAACUAAAAUAAAGUUGAUAUAUGUUUUCUAUUCCAAUAUAACAAAACUAUUUUAUUAGAA